CCCAUCAUCAUGUCGAAGCUCAAGAGCUCCGAGUCGGUCAGAGUCGUGGUGCGAUGCCGGCCCAUGAACAGCAAAGAGAAAGCCGCCUCCUAUGAACAAGUAGUUGAGGUGGACGUCAAGUUGGGGCAGGUGUCGGUGAAGAACCCCAAGGGAACUUCUCACGAGCUGCCCAAGACGUUCACUUUUGAUGCUGUCUACGACUGGAGUUCCAAACAGUUUGAGCUGUACGAUGAGACCUUCCGGCCUCUGGUGGACUCGGUGCUGCAGGGCUUCAACGGGACCAUCUUUGCCUACGGGCAGACAGGGACAGGAAAGACGUACACAAUGGAAGGGGUGCGCGGUGACCCUGAGAAAAGAGGGGUGAUCCCCAAUUCCUUCGACCACAUCUUUACACACAUCUCCCGGUCUCAGAACCAGCAGUACUUGGUGAGGGCUUCUUAUUUAGAGAUCUACCAAGAAGAAAUCAGAGACUUGUUAUCCAAGGACCAGUCCAAGAGGCUGGAACUGAAGGAGAGGCCGGACACGGGCGUGUACGUAAAGGACUUGUCGUCUUUUGUCACGAAAAGCGUCAAGGAAAUCGAACACGUCAUGAACGUGGGGAACCAGAACCGCUCGGUGGGGGCCACCAACAUGAACGAGCACAGCUCCCGCUCCCACGCCAUUUUUGUGAUCACCAUCGAAUGCAGCGAGGUGGGGCUUGAUGGGGAGAACCACAUACGAGUGGGGAAACUGAACCUGGUGGAUCUUGCGGGUAGCGAGCGCCAGGCGAAGACGGGAGCCCAGGGGGAAAGGCUGAAAGAAGCCACCAAGAUCAACCUGUCUCUCUCCGCACUGGGCAACGUCAUCUCUGCCCUGGUAGACGGCAAAAGCACUCACAUUCCGUAUCGGGACUCGAAGCUCACCCGGCUGCUUCAGGACUCCUUAGGCGGCAACGCCAAGACCGUGAUGGUGGCCAACAUCGGCCCCGCCUCCUAUAACGUGGAGGAGACCCUCACCACCCUGCGGUACGCCAACCGUGCCAAGAACAUCAAGAACAAGCCCAGAGUGAACGAAGACCCCAAGGAUGCCCUGUUGCGGGAGUUCCAGGAGGAGAUAGCCCGGCUUAAGGCGCAGCUGGAGAAGCGUUCAGUGGGCAAGAAGCGGAAGAAGGAGAGGAGAAGGGACGGGGCCGGCGGCGUCAGCGGGGAGGAGGAAGAGGAGGAGGAAGGCGAAGAUGGCGAGGAGGAAGGGGGUGACAAAGAUGACUACUGGCGGGAGCAGCAGGAGAAGCUGGAGAUCGAGAAGAAGGCCAUCCUAGAGGACCACAGCCUGGUUGCCGAGGAGAAGAUGAGGCUGCUGAAGGAGAAGGAGAAGAAGAUGGAGGAUCUGAAGCGUGAGAAGGAAGCGGCAGAAAAGCUGGGUGCCAAAAUCAAGGCAAUGGAAAGCAAGCUCCUUGUUGGAGGAAAAAAUAUUGUUGAUCACACAAACGAGCAGCAGAAAAUUUUGGAGCAGAAGCGGCAGGAGAUUGCUGAGCAGAAACGGCGGGAGCGAGAAAUUCAGCAGCAGAUGGAAAGUCGUGAUGAAGAGACACUGGAGCUUAAGGAGACAUACAGCUCCUUGCAGCAAGAGGUGGACAUUAAAACAAAAAAACUUAAAAAGCUGUUUUCUAAGCUUCAGGCUGUGAAGGCCGAGAUCCACGACCUCCAGGAAGAGCACAUCAAGGAGCGACAGGAGCUGGAGCAAACUCAGAACGAGCUCACACGGGAGCUGAAGCUCAAGCACCUGAUUAUUGAGAACUUUAUUCCCCUAGAGGAGAAGAACAAGAUCAUGAACAGAUCUUUCUUUGAUGAGGAGGAGGACCAGUGGAAACUGCACCCCAUCACCCGGUUGGAGAAUCAACAAAUGAUGAAGAGGCCGGUAUCGGCCGUGGGGUACAAGAGACCCCUCAGCCAGCACGCGAGGAUGUUCAUGAUGGUCCGUCCGGAGGCCCGGUACAGGGCAGAAAACAUUGUGUUGUUGGAACUGGAUAUGCCCAGCCGGACGACCCGGGAUUAUGAGGGCCCAGCCAUUGCCCCCAAGGUGCAGGCGGCUCUGGAAGCUGCUUUGCAAGAGGAAGAUGAGAUUCAAGUGGACGCCUCCACUUUUGAGAGUACAUCCAACAAGAAGUCAAAAUCCAGGCCUAAGACGGGCAGGAAGUCGGGCGGCUCUUCCUCCUCCAGCUCCUCCGGUUCGCAGCUCUACCCACAGUCUCGGGGGCUGGUCCCCAAGUAGAACCAGCGGUGCCUGGUCGGCUUGCCUUUUGAGAGCUUGGGGCGAGAAGCAAGCCUGCGGAGGGGGCCGGCAGCCAGUUGCGCCCCUGGAGAUGCAGCAGCGGCCCCCGUGGCA